UUCUUAAAAAUUAAAAUGGUUGCCGAAGCAAUUCAUAGAAACAGCUGAUGUGCAUCUUAUUAAAAUCAUUUUUAAUUGGCAUAUAACUGUAAAUUAUUUAUUCGAUAGAUGAUCUAUAUUUUGUGCCAUUACUUAAUGAAACUUACAGAAAUAUGUCACUGACUAUACAACAAAUGAUUUUGGAUGCAAAACGACUAGCAGGCCGUCUUAAAGAUCGUGAAACAGAAGCGGAUGCUUUAUUAACUGAAUCACAAACAGUCUAUCGACAAAUCAGCACUAUGAAACAGUACAAAGAAGAGGUGGACACACUAAAUGAAGCAUCUAGAGAAAGACCAAGAGGUGAGUUAAUAGCAAGUAUAGAGAGGGAAUCUCGUUUGAUGAGGGAUGUGCAACGAGAGAAUGGGGAGCUCCGGGCUGCAUUAGAAGAUCAUAGACGUGCUUUGGAUCUUAUAAUGUCCAAAUACAGACAGCACACAGAGAAAAGAGUCUGGGAGUCAAGGAUAGAUUUUACAGCUGCAAUCAACGAAAAACAACAAGAGUUAAUUCGUCAGCAAGCAGAGCGGAUAAAUGAAAUGACAACCAUUAUGUAUAAGUCUGUAAAUAUUGAUGCACAUGGAGAUACCAGAAAGGAGGAAGAACUAUACCAAAGGCUAAUAACGGAAAAUAAGGGCUUACGAGAGAUGUUGGAUAUAUCACGAAGGUAUGGCUCAGACCGGCCCUUGGUCCCGCCAAUGGAAGACAAGAAUGUUCAGACAGACGGGCCACCUCUGUCGGGGUCCAGAUUGAUUGCGACAGCUGUGAAAACGUCGGAAAAAAACUAAUGACAAUUUACCCUUAAUUUUGAGCAAUGUUUUCAUCAGUUAUCUAACAGCAAGAGGCUCUAUCUAAACAUAUAGAUUAUAUAAGUUUUUAUAUUGCGCCCGAUCCGCCAUCCUGCUUUAAAUGCGAUAUUUACAAGUUAUAUUUUCAGUAGCACAUAUUGUGUCUUAGAUGUACUGUGCUAUUUAGACAAUAUUAAAAGUGCUUAGUUAUUUUUCGAUUGUCUUCUAAUUAUUGGCGUUUAUAAGCUAACAACCCAUGUCGGGAAUGUUGAGAUAUUUUUGAUUUUAAAAUUAAUGAAUUAUUCCUUUAAAAAUUUUGAUUUUGUAGUUUAGUCUGUAUAGUUGUGAAUAAAAAAUAAGUAAUACAUUUGGUAUACCCAAGAAAGAUGUACCAAUUUGUAAUGAGCUAUUGAAUUAUACUUUUCUUCAUCUUCUUGGUAAACGGGUUUCAAUAUGUCCUCAAAAAAAAAGUAGAGCAUUAUUAAUAUAAUCACAGUGAAAGAUUAAUGUAUUCUUAUUUCAGUAGCCUGAAUAUUAGGUUAUUCUAUAUAUCUAUACGUAGUUAUUGUAGCUAGCCAAAAUAUGGUAGCAUUCUAGCGAUGGGCUUUGAAUGAACCGGACCAGUUCAAUCAACCGGUCGACGGUUCACGUAUUGCUAAUGGACUAGUUCAAUUCAUAGACUAUGACGUAAUCAAGGAGUUUGUUUGUCGUCCGUUUAAAACGGAAUGUGAAUUGUAAACUAUUGUUAAUUUAUUCAAAUAAUAAGCUUGCGGUUAACGUAAAAUGCAAAUAAAGUCAUUAUUACGAAUUAAUAAAGUGUAAAGUCGUAAUAGACCGUCUAGGGAAAGACGCAGACCGGAAAUCGCAUUGUUGGUAGGCCCCCCUUAAGAUGGACCGACAAUCUGGUCAAUAUCGCCGGAAUACGUUAGAUGAGGGCAGCGCAGGACCGAUUGUCGUGGAAAUCUUUGGGGGAUGCCUUUGUCCAGCAGUCUUCCGGCUGAUUAUGAUGAUGAAUGAUUCUAACCGUGGCGGUCUCAACGAGCCCAUACAGUCUCGCAAGCGCAAAGUUAUCUCGUAAUAGACCGUCUAUCGAAUACAGUCCACGAUUUGAACUAGUCCAUCGACUAGUCGAUGAAAGAAAUGAACGGUCUAGUUUCGUUCACGCUAAAUACUUCGACGAUCCAUCGCUAUAGCAUUCUAAAAACACAAUAGUAUAAUUAUGUAGAGCAAAUGAUAAGAUACACACAGCAGAUAACGGGCACAAUAUUGACAAAUAUUUUCAACAAACCUAUCGAUAUAAAAUCGAAAUGAAAAUAUACUUGUAAUAAUUGUCCAUAUUAUAAAAGAAAGUAUAAUAAUGUAGAUGCUUUUGUUUAUGUGACUAGGUAAGCUUUGGAUGUUGUACCUAAAUAGUGGUUAAUUGUAGUUAAAUAAACUUAGAUGUUCUGUAGUUUUGACGGGAUGACGCUUAUGUAGCGGCCAUUCCACAGUUCGGCAUGACAUUGCCAUCUUUGAAAAAGCCGUUAAAAGCCAGUGUUGGGGUUGUAACCAACUAGUAAAUAUCUUAUAAGAAUGUGUUCAGGUAAAUUCUGUUGACAACAAGAAUUGUUGACGUUUCGAAUUCAUUUAUAACCUAUAUCACUAUUAUUAUUGAAGUUGUUUGCGUAUUUGGUUGUAAAGCAAUAAUUAUUGUAAAAUAUAUUAUCGAAGUUAUAGUUCGUUGUAUUCCUCCACUCUUCAGAUUUCUAUUAAGUACCUUAGUUGUAAUCUAGUGCCUAUGUUUAGUUUAUGUUUGUUAAAUUUUAAUGUUUAAAUAGUUUUUUAGUGUUUUGACGAGCACGCCGCGACAUUAAUCACUUAUUGCUGGGUCAACAUUUAUGUAACGACGGUGGUAGAAAGCUACGCUAGCUAAGAAUGCUACGAAGGCGAGUUAUAGACCAUUGAGAAUGAUGUCGAACGAAAUCGCCGUUGUUGUUCGUAUGUUGACAUGGCUUUAUGGUACGUACAGACUGGUGAAACGUAACAUAGAAUGUAUGAUGCAAUGAAAUAAUUUGCCGUACUCAUCGCUGCAAUGUAUCAUGAAAGGCAACACACUUUGUAACAAUUUCUCAUACUUUGGACGUGAAAAUAUUGCAUUUACAUGGGGAGCGCCCCGUUGUUGUUUUUCAAACGAACACAAAGGGGCGCGUUCUCGGCUGAAUGGCAGAAACAGACGUACGUGGGAAAUUCGUCGUGAAUGCGCGGUAUGAGCGCGCUAUACUUCCACGCUUGGAGCGAACAUGAUAUGAAAGGUAGAACGAUACAUUUCAUGUUACGUUUCACUAGUCUGCACGCACCUUAAGAUGUAUGUUUUUAAUGGGUGGUGACUAGAUAUAUUAUAAUAGCUAUAUAAAUUUAUGCGAUCUGCGGCGCAUCUUUGUAUUGGACAAGUGAAGGCUGCUUGUCCAAUGAAUAAAAAAAAUAUAUAAACUGAAAAAAAUAUCAGACGAAAAGAAAUUCACAUGAGUAAAAUAACUCGUAGAUAUAGACAAAUAAAUUCACAUUGUUGAGUUACAGUUAAAUAAAUGAAUAUUUUAUGUGUCAACCAUCUUGUGGUGUGUUUAAUGCACAAUAUGCACAAAAAUAUAUUUUAUGAAUGAAUUAUCACGUAGUUUGUGUAUAAUUUUGGGAUUAUUACGUAAACCGACACGUACGUACAUAUUAUAAUAUGGUACAAAUAGGGUUCAAAUUUCUUCAAAACAAGUAAGACAAUAGUUGACGUUAUAUAUGUGAAUGCGGUGCAACACAAAAAAGUUAUUAAAUGGAAGAGAAAUAAUAGCCGAAACCGGUCUAUCUGAAAUGAAAAUCUAGUCUUUGGUCAUUGGGAUGAGUUUACGAAAUUUGUUUUUAUCAAAAAUCAAAAGCGGGUUUCUUCUUAAUAAUAAAUAAAGUUGUUUUUAAAGAUAUCUGUCGACCUAUGUGUCUAAAAAAUUAUAAUUUAACUUAUCAAGCAUUAUCUAACAAAUAAAUAAUUUUGUAAAGUA